GAAGAGUUUGGUUUUUAAGUUGAAAAUGAGUUUACGUGGGAAAACCAAACAUGGUCACGAGAUUUACACUGAAAAUAUACAGAACUUUUUCUCACCAUCCCAAAAGGCAAUGGGAUCCACCAGAAAAACUCUGCAGGUCCUUCAUCCAGCUGCUAUUAACAAGAGCUUGGGGAAGGUGUCUCAGGUGGGGAAGAUCAUUCCCAAAAGGAAACAAUGGGGCAUGGACCAAACUAGAGGUACAAAGAGGGUGAAAAUGGAAGUUAAAUCUACACAAACUGAAGAAUGCCAGUGUCUGACAGAUGGCAUGUCUGUUGAAGCAUAUAAUCUCAUGGUCAAAGAAACUCCUCCCUCCUCUUACUGGAAAGAGGUGGCAGAGGAGCGUAGGAAGGCCUUGUACAAUGUUCUUCAAGAGAAUGAAAAGUUGAACAAAGAUAUUGAGACCAAAGAUGAGCAGAUUUCAAAACUUAAACUUGAGAAUGAAGAGCUGCAGGAGUUGGCACAACAUGUACAGUAUAUGGCUGACAUGAUUGAGAGGCUGACUGGGAGGGGGCCAGACAAUCUGGAGGACCUGAAGGAAAUUGUCCUUGAUAGAGAAGGGGAGGAUGGCAGGGACACAGCAGGCCAGGCUGAGGAAGAGACUGACUAUGAGAGUGAUGCAGAAGACCAGACUAACCCCUCGGAUGUGUAACUGCCAUACUGGGACUUCAGCCUGCACAUGUUGGACAACAGAUUAUAGCCAGUAUGGACUUGAAUUUUACUUUAAAUUGACAUUUUAUGAUGUGAACAUG